AUGAUCGUUUGCGUCUCCGUCGUCGGGCACCAGAACAAUCCGCUCUACAUACAGAGCUUCACGGAUGCUGACGAUGCCCUCAAGCUCCACCACGUUGUUCAUUGCUCGCUUGACGUCAUCGAAGAGCGAGUGAACAAUCCGAAAAAGUCUGGUACGACACUGAACGAGGCAUUUCUUGGCCUGCUCUAUCCCACUGUCAACUACAAAGUGUAUGGUUACUUGACUAAUACCAAAGUGAAAUUUAUACUGGUCACAACUGAUUUGGAUGUCAGAGACACCGAUGUGACAAGUUUCUUCAGGAAGUUCCAUGCUGCCUACGUAGAUGCAGUCUCAAACCCCUUCCAUGUCCCUGGGAAAAAGAUAACCUCAACAACCUUUGCUCAAACUGUUUGCAACAUCGUCGGAUCAUACGGUCUCAACUGA